CCUUGCCUUGUUUGUCGCACGCCAGCAUUGAGGUUUUAGGGCAUGUUGGUCCGUGGUACGGUCAAUGUACGCAUGUAGCUAUGGUGAUUGGCGACCAGGUUUUGUUUUUCAUAGCUGGGAGCUUCCUUUCUUCCCUCGUGCUGGAAAAAGAAUCCGUGUGCUGCCUUGACUCUUGAUCGCCAGCGCCAUUUUAAUCCGCGCGAUAGCUCUUUCCAGGUCAAGGAUUUCCCCAGUGGAAGGAAGGGACUGGACGACCGCGGCGGCGACGAGGAUCUGGGCGCCGAGCUGUGAUCUUGGCGAUUUUUGUGUGGCGGCAUUGGCGAUUGUGGGCGAAAUUUCUCGAAAUAUCGGGCAUGGAGAAGAAUCUGUCCGUCGAUGUCAAGACCGCGAGGCGCUUCUUCUGGGAUUUGAGCGGAUCGCCAUACUCCGUCCGGAACUAUGAUCGAUCAGCGCUUAGUCCUCAAGACGAUGCUGCGAUCACGAUGCAGAAGACGUAUCGCGGCUAUCGGCGGAGGCGGCAGCUCGCGGAUUGCGCAGUGAUUGCCAGAGACUAUGGAUGGUGGAACGUCCUAGAGGGAGUUAUCCUGAGACAGAACAUCGAGUUCGACCAGGAGCGCGAAGAAAAUGUGUCCCACAAAUGGAUUCGUGCUAAGAAACUAGCGGCCAAGCUCGGAAAGGGUCUGUCCAAGGACGAAAACGCAAGAAAACUUGCAUUCGAACACUGGCUGGAAGCUAUUGAUGCCAGACAUCGCUAUGGACACAACUUGCAUAAGUUUUAUAAGAUCUGGUUCUCGAGUGGGACAACCGAGCCUUUCUUUUACUGGCUGGAUGUGGGAGAGGGCAGGCAAGUCGAGCACGAAGAUUGUUCUAGAGCGAAGCUUUUCAAGGAACAGAUAGAUUAUCUUGGCCCUCGGCAAAGGAAAGAGUAUGAAGUGUCGAUAGAAAACGGGGUGUGGAGAUACUUGGACGGGAAGAUCAUUGACACCGGCGUGGUGGACGAUGACGACAAAUGGAUAUUUGUGAUGAGCACGACUGGAAGGAUAUACGUAGGCCAGAAAAAGAAAGGGAAAUUUCAGCACUCGAGCUUUCUAGCAGGAGGAGCUGCCACAGCGGCUGGCCGACUGGUUCUAAUGAACGGCAUUUUGGAGUUGCUUGAAGCUCACAGCGGCCACUACCGGCCGGCCGAGGAGGAUUUCAGAUACUUCCUCAACACUCUCAAGGAUAAAGGCGUGGACAUGUCCAGAGUGAAGGUGGAAUACUCUUCCCGCGAGAUGAAAUCUCACAAGCAAAAGUCAAAGAAGAAGUUGCCCAAGGCCAACAAGGAUUCCGUUAGCGAUGAAGCAGCGAGCCUGGCAACGACUUUUGUGGAGGCAUUGAGCCAGGAAGCGUCAAAGCCGGAGGAGACCCCUUCCCUCCUCACUCAUGUAGACGUCAACGGCAACGAGUGUAAUGGAAAUGGAGAUCUGCACAAGCACAUGAAGCAUCGCCCUCCAAUGCUCGAGAUCAAGCGAAAUGGCUGGUGCUCCGAGGGUGGAGCACGGAUCACAAGCCUCUCCGUCAUUCCACCUGAUCGUCGAACGAGAGCUCUCGACGCCGUUUCAACCCCGCGGGUCCUGGCCACUGUUCGCUGGUAAUAACUGAUUGCUACAAGAUGUUUUGGCAGCUUGUGAAGGUGUACAUACAUUGUCAUCUCUUUCAGGAAUUUCCAAAUCAAACUUUUCUUCGAACACAUCGCCAUCUCUCUAUAGGUGUUGAGAAUUUUCAAUCAAGCUCAUCCUUUGAAAGAUAAGAGUACUUGCGUCAAACCAGGAAAGAUAUACUAUACUUAAAGUGAAGGAAAGCCACUUCGUUUUCGUAA